GAAAUCGGCUCGGUGAGGAUUCUCGGACUCUCCGCGACCGUCGAUUCUAAUGGAUAUAUUGUGGAUGCUGCCGCGCGAUGAUCGAUAUGUAGGACUCGUCUGGGACAAUCCUCAUGUCAUCCUCUGCAUCCUGGUCGUGUACCUCUGGUUCGUCCUCAAAGCGGGUCCAUCAUGGAUGUCGGACCGAAAACCGAUGAACCUAAAACCCGUCGUGCGCGUUUUCAAUCUGUCGCAAGUGAUAGCGAACGUUUGGUUCUCGUACCGCGCCAUAACCAUCGCCUAUCGCCACUACGACGAGGGUCAUUUUUCCUUCGGAUGCAAUCCACCGACAUCCAGAGAUGAUCUGAAUAGUAAAGAAGACUCGGAAAUGCUCGUUUUCUGUGGACUAGCUUACUUCUGGGUGCGAGUCCUCGACCUCCUGGAUACAGUGUUCUUCGUUCUGGCGAAGAAACAGUCCCACGUCUCGUUCCUUCACGUGUACCAUCACGUUGUCGUGGUGUUGACAUUCUACAUCUAUUUGCGAUCGGGAUGGUCACCGAGCUUGUUCUACGUCGGGGUGCUCAACUCAAUCAUCCACAUCGUCAUGUACUCGUACUACUUUCUCUCAACGUUCCCCGGAUUACGGUCGUACCUCUGGUGGAAGAGGUACCUGACAGCGAUGCAGAUCAUGCAAUUCUGCAUCAUCGCCUUGCAACUCUCAUGGAACACGGUCUUCAAUUGUGGAUACCCGGCUGUCGUAUGUCAGUACAAUCUCAUGCAAGCCCUCAUCUUCCUUGGCCUCUUCACUAAAUUUUAUGUGGAUAGCUAUAAACAUGGGAGAAAAUCGCUUUAGAAACCGCCUGGAUCUCGUAUUGGAGCGGUAACCGAAUAACUCGUUCGCCGAGCUAUCGGAGACCGUCCUCGUAACGAACAUGCUGGUCUUGAGAGUGAGUUCAUAGCUCGGCUCA